CACUGCAGACAUACCUCACCUGUCUUUAAAAAAAUAGAUACUUUAACUGUCUUUAGUGCUGCUACAACAGUCAUUCACUCCCAUAUACUGCAGACAUACCUCACCUGUCUUUAAAAAAGGGUGUGCACGUAGCUUCGUCGUGAGUUAUGAAACGUGUUUCAUCACAGCUUGUUCCACCGCUCCCUCCCGAAAUGUGAGAUGUUUUUCUUUCAGGUUCAAAUCCAGCCGCCACCCUGAAACGACCAGACACAAACUUCACAAAUACAAACGAGACUUGGAAAAGUGGGAGGAAUCUUCUUGAAACAUACAGUCUGUCAGUUGCUGGUCAUGGGGGACAUCAAGAAAGGGAAGAAGGUGUUUGUCCAGAAAUGUUCCCAGUGUCACACAGUGGAUGAGGGCGGACGCCACAAGGUGGGACCCAACCUGUGGGGUCUGUUUGGGAGGAAGACAGGACAGGCGUCAGGCUACUCGUACACACAGGCCAACAUUGAAAAAGGGAUUAUAUGGGAUGAGGACACUCUGAUGAUCUACCUUCAAAACCCAAAGAAAUAUAUUCCUGGUACCAAGAUGAUCUUCAGCGGGAUCAGGAAGAAAAAGGAAAGACAAGAUAUCAUAGCCUAUUUAAAGGAUGCCACCUCCUAAUAGACACACAGUGAGAAAGUACACAUGCAGCUGUGGACAGAAGUAUCAAAUAUCUAAAGAAAAAUACAGUGUUUUCUUUGUAUUAGUUUUGAAUUCAUAAUUUACAUUAGCUGUUUAUAUCUGUGCAUCAUGUUACAUUACAACAUGGCUGCCACACUGUUCACACUGUUUUUGUGUAUAAGAGGCUGUUUUUAAUUAUCAUAUGAGUCAGCCUUCCUGCAACUUGUUGACCUAAAAAUUUUACUGCCGCUUGCACAGAAUCCAUUUGCAUUUUUGCCACUUUAACUCUUACUGCACUCUCGAUCACUGUUGUUAAAGUUUAUUUUUCUAGUUUAUUGUGUUUACUACUUGUUAAGUCUCUCUCUGUUUAUAUGUAGUUUUCUGCUGCAGACUCAAAACGGGUAUAAAAGGUGUUUGUAUUAAAUGGUGCUCCAUGGACAGUCCACUUCUUUUUCUUUUUUUCCUCUUCUUGUAAACUGUUGUUACAUUGUUACAGACCUUAAGCAUAUUUUUUGUUUCUGACUGUGUUUAAGUUGCACUUAAAAAUGAGUUUUUUGAUACAAGAAAAGUUGGUCAAAUAGUAACUACUACUUACAACUCUUAAACUUGGCCUGAUAACGACCUGUUGAAUACAUUUUUAUUGAGCUACUGUUUUAUACUUUGUUGUUGUUAUUCCUUUUCAAGACAACCCCUUGGCUUGAGUAAACGGAUGUGGCAAUAAAGAACCUCUUUUAGUGAA